AUUCCGAGUUGGACUCCCGCGCGGAAAGCACGUCGGCCGAGAAACGCCCUCACUACUAAACUUUACACGUUUUUAUCAACGAACUGUGAAUGAAGUGGUGUUUUGAACGAUUAGUUUUUAUUUGAAUAUACUUUCAUUUAUAGACUAUUUUGAUUUGUGUUGUUUAUAAUUUAUUUAUUUUGGUUCAGUGCAUUCAUAUUGGAGUUCUGAUUUAUUUUCACUAAAGGCAGACUUCGGACUCUACUGGGCGAGACCAAGCGCCCGUUAUAAUGUGACCGGCGCAAGACCACGCGUCUCUCUUCAAGGUGUUUGCGAUGUGGUACAUGUGGACGACGUUAUUGCUGGUGUCGUGUGCACUGGUGUGGGCUGACGAGGGGACUGGAGCGGAGGCACUGCUGUGGCGGACCACCACCGGCGCUCCGCCUCAGACUCACCAGCAUCAAGCUGGACUAUUUACUACAACCGCUUCUUUUGCCACUCCGACUACAUUAGGAGACCAAACAGUUCCUGCGCAAGAUACGAGGUUGCAACCCGUGCAAGCCACCUCCCGUGCUCCAAGUCUCACUCUAGAUCGCAAAGCGAGCGAGCUUGCUUGGAGGUCAUGGCUGCAGAGCCCAGAGAGCGGGAAUCAGAAUGCACCGCCAAGAAGGAUCAUAACAAAGUCACUGUUCAUCACUCCGCUCGUGUGUCCUAAAGGACAACGUCUAGAUCGAAAUGGUUGCGUACAGGUGGUGACUGUAAACAAGGAUGAACACGAACGCAUUCUACUGGAGCAAUUAAACGCGCUAUUCCCGACUGCGUCAAGUGGAGGAGACUAUGAUUACGGGGACGACGAGCCAGGGCCUCUCCAACUGACCCUGCCCAUAGGCUUAGACCCCCAAGCGGCACCGCUUCAAGGCCAGGAGCCGUCUACACAGGCUCAAGGUCUGCAACCUACUUUUGUCGACAAAAAAGACAGCAAGUUCCCGAGCGAUGCCAGCAUAGAAGCAGAACUUGAACUUUUGAAACUUCAUCCAGGUCACAAUCACACUGAAAGUUCCGAUGUGUUGAAUCACAAUGUAAUGAAUACUUUACUACCCACCGCAGACAAACCAAAACGUGAUAGUCCUGUUGAUAAAUCAGCGAGUACACAGUCACAAAACACUACCACGGAUGAAGGACAAAAAGAAAUCGUUUAUGGACAUGUAAAUGUUGAUCCUGUAGUGUAUGGCUCGCAAAAUGAUAAUCAAGAAAAAGGAACUAACACACAUUUUGAAACACAAAAGAAAACAUCUGCUGUUGUUGAGAAAGCGGUAAUUAAAAAUAUGCCAUCUAUGGUUAAUGACAACAAAACUGGAACUACGAACGCCUCAUCUGAACAUUUAAAAAAAGAUACAGAUAAAACUAAGCUGAAUCCGGAAAAUGACUAUUCUGACAUCGGUGAAGCUAUAAAAUUAAUAAGCCGUUAUGCCGAAGUAACUACAGAUGAUGAUUAUGCUAAAAACCAGAAGAAAUAUGCGAUAAAAGAAGAUAGCACUCUAGGCACCCGAACGAAACUACAAUAUCGGCGAAAUAGGCCGAAGCCCGAAAUGAUAAGGGAACCUCAAGAAUCUGGCUUGUCCUCGGAUAUAUCGAUUAAAGAUAAAAUACCUAUGCGCACAGUUUAUCCUAAAAACGAACAAUAUUACCGCUAUCCGUGGAUAGGUCAACAUUCGCCAACGCCACCACCUAACUAUCCAUUCCGUCAUCUGCAGGAUUACUGGCCUGGUCGCACACAAAUCGGGGGUGUCUACAAUACGCACGAGAAUCCGAGGCGGCAUCAUCACUCAUAUCCUCAUUACUUUAGGCCUCGCGCAUACAAUUUUGGUAAUUCUGAGAUCUACUCUGGACAAGAUCCUUUUUCUCAUCAAAACCAAAUGUACACUCACAGAGUCGCUCAAAGACAUGCCAGUCCGUCUCGCUUCCACAACAAAAAUCAAGAGUUAUACAAUCUCCUCGGAUUGCGGCAUUGGUUCAGUAACGAAGGCACUUCAAAGAGAUAGCUUGGUUUCUUCUUUUUCAUUAGACCAAUCGAUGUUACCCGACGACAUGUAACGAAAGCUAUGGAAAAAUGAAUCUUAGCGUAAAUACAUCCCUAGUAAUAUAAUCAACUAAUGCAAUGGCAAUUACUUUUAAAACAUCUAGAUAAAAGCUUUACUCGCUCGUAUUUCCUUAAGUCAUUUCUAUCCAUAGCUUUCAUUAUAUUAGCCUAUUUAUUUCAAAGCCAAAUAUUAGAGUCAUAGUUAAACUUUUUGUUUAUUUUAAGUUCCUGUACAUAUUAUCGCAUUAAGUUAAGUGUUUUAUCUUGCUAAAUAGUAUUAUCGUUGUUUUGUAUUAUGUUAAAUGUAAAUUGUUGUAUUAAAAUGGCUAAUUUAUGUUUA